AUGAGUCAAUCACUUUCUGUACCUCCGUAUUUUGACGAAAAUUAUGCUUACUGGAAGGUUAGAAUGCGUGCGUUUCUUAAGUCUCUAGAUGAGCAUGUUUGGGUGAGUGUGCAAAAUGGCUGGAAACCUCCCUCUACUACCAUAUCAGGAACUGUUAAUCUUACUGAUAUAUCAUUAUGGACUAAGGAUGAGAUAGCUGAGUGUAAUUGGAAUAGCAAGGGAUUUCAUGCCUUGUUUAUAGCCGUGUCUCCCGAAGAGUUUAGGAGAGUGUCAAUGUGCAAAACUGUUAAAGAGGUUUGGGACAUUCUUGAAACUACACAUGAGGGAACUAAAAUGGUAAAGAACUCGAAAUUACAAAUUCUAGCUUCUAGGUUUGAAGAAGUGAGGAUGAAGGAUGACGAAACCUUUGAUGAAUUUUAUGCAAAACUAGAUGAUAUUGUUAAUUCUAGUUUCAAUCUAGGCGAGAGAAUUUCCGAGUCUAAAAUUAAAGGAAAGUCCAUUGCUUUAAAAUCCAUCAAAGAGGAUGAAUCUUCUGAUACUGAGUCUCUUAGGGAUGAUGAAAUUGCAAAUUUUGUUAAGAAAUUUCAAAAGGUUCUCAAGAAUAAGAGAAAGCCUCAGGAUAGAAAAAGUGGAGCCCCUAGCAGAUUCUCAAAGGAAAAAACUGAAAGGUUCAACAAUAAAGGUAUAGGUCACUAUAGGAAUGAGUGUCCUAGUUAUAAGGAGAAUCAAAGAAAAGGGAAAGGUAAGGCCUUAGUUGUUUCACUUACAGAUAACGAAUCUAAGUCUAGUGAUAGGCAGGAAUCAUCUAGUAGUGAAGAUGAAGGGAACUAUAUGGCAUUUGUGUCGACUGUUAAGAGUGAAUCUGAUAAGGAGAGUGACAAGGUUGAGGAAGAACUUCACAACGAUAAUUCUAGUAAUGAGGAUGAGGAAGAUAUAGACAUACAAGAGGCCUAUCAACUCUUGUUCAAGGAGAGUCUUAAAAUCAAAAAGUUAGAAGACAAGGUUAAGACAUUGACUAGUGAAUUGGAGAAAUCUAAUGCUCAUCUUCAAACUUUCAUAAGUGGGACUAAGAAAUUGAAUGAUAUUUUAGGAAUGAAUAGGCCUGCGGGAGAUAGGAAAGGUCUAGGAUAUGUUGAGGAUAAUACACAUGUUGCUGGUCCAUCUAAGACUGUAUUUGUUUCUGUCUCUAAGAAGUCUAACGUUGUCAGCAAUCCAAAUAAGGGUAAGAAUGUUCCGAGGGAACAGAGUCAUCAAUCAGGUAGAAAUAUCAUGCCCAGAUACCCACAGACACGUACCUUUGAGCCUAGGUUCAUUCCCACCUGUCACCACUGUGAAGCUCUAUGA